AUGGCACUCCAACCACACUCGCUCACCGUACCAUCGACCGACAAGGACCUGGAGUGGCUCAAGGCCCGCUUUGGCCCUUACUCCGUCGACAAUCCGCCCGCGCAGCCCAUGGAGAUAUCCGUCCGUGCAGGAGACUACCAUGCCGUCGCCUUCAUCCUUGCCAUGCGUCGACGUUCCCGCACGGCUGCUGCUGCUGUUCAGACCUCCGCUACUACCACUUCCGAUGUCACAAGACACGCCACCCGCCGGGACAUGACCAACCACGCAAAUUACUCCUCAAAGACCAAAUCUUCAGCAACAGCAGCGGCAACGUCAUCCUCCUGGUCAGGAAACAACAGAAGGUACCACGACAACUCCACGCAUACCCUCCCUCUCAUGGCCACCGCUGCCACAGAGGCCUAUCACCAGGCCUAUGCUCAAACCUACCCCAUCUCAGCCGAAUACGCCCUCUAUGCACGACCAGGACAACUGAAGCGCGACAAACCCCUUGGCCAGAACCAGACCUAUCUCCAUCUCGCCUGUCAAUAUGUUAUCCAGGAAGAUCCCUCCGUUCUCUGGAAUAUGAUCGACAUCCUUCUUCACGAAGGGUACGACCCUAUGGCACUCAGAACCGAUGGCGCCACCCCCCUCCACAUCCUCGUCCAGGAACAGCCCGAAGCCCUCGACGCCGUCCAGCUGCUCGUCCAACAUGGAGCAGACGUCAACCAUGCCACCGAUAAGGGUCUCUCUGUCCUGCAUACACUCGCUCAUUCGUAUCGCCCUGGCUGCUUGGAGGCCAUGAAGCUCUUGGUUUCCCUUGGUGCUAACGUUAAAGCGAUCAGCGUCCACGGCUGGAGUGUCAUGCACACCUUUGCCCGAUACAACGCCGAGCCCUACGACUGCAUCAAAUACCUCAUCGACCACGGCGUCUCCGUUCAUACCCAAACCGACGAGCAGUGCACAGUCCUCCAUGCGCUCGCGCGGUGCAUCUUCAAGGGCGAAUACUCCAGAGCAAGCGGAGAUAUGCUCAAGACCAUCAAGCUGGUGGUCGAGCAUGGAGUCGAUGUCAACGCCAAAACAAUCAAGCAAUGGACCGCCCUUCACUACACCGCCAAAGAUAACCCAGAGCCUGUAGAAGCCCUCGCCUACUUGUUGGAGCAUGGAGCCGAUGUUAAUGUGAUCGGUGCCGACGGAUGGAGUGUUUUGCAUUGUCUUGUCCGAUACAACAAGACACCGCUGGAGGGCAUCAAACUGCUUGUCAAUGCAGGCGUCGACGUCAACAUUCUCAAGGCUCGACACGCGACUGCGCUUCACUCGUUGGCCAAGCACUGCCAGGACCCCUACGAGUCCUUUGAGUCCAUCCAGGUACUGCUCAAUGCUGGUGUCGAUGUCAACAAGCAGGGCAAGAAAAACUGGACCACCCUUCACUUCCUUGUUUACAGUAACAAGAAACCCAUGGCCGCUCUGCGACUGUUGCUGGAAGCGGGAGCAACUGUGCAUGACAAGACUGCGGAUGGAUGGUCGCCGACUCACCUGCUCGCCAACUCGAACGAGGACCCACUGGAGGCGCUAAAGAUUCUGGUGGAAUACGGAGCGGAUGUGAAUGCUGUUGGCAAGAAUGGAUGGUCGGUCUUACACAGUGUUGCCAGGUGUACACCCCAGCCGCUCGAAUCGAUCCGGUUCCUCUUGCAGUGUGGUGCCGACCCUACGGUCACGACCCAUGAUGGAUGGAGCAUCCUGCACUUUCUGGCCAACUAUUGUUCUGACCCUCUGGAGAGCAUGCGACUGUUGAUCGAAGCAGGCGCAGAUGUGAACGCCAAGACAAAGUCGGACUGGACUUCGCUUCACCUGGUCGCCCGUGCCAACAACCAACCCCUGGAGCUUUUCAAGUUGCUUCUGAGCUACGGCGCUGACGCGACCGCCAUUGGACACAAGGACUGGACAGUGUUGCAUUCGCUUGUCCGAUACAACCCUGAGCCCUUUGAGUGCAUCCAACUACUUUUGGAGGCCGGCGCUGAUUUCACAAAGAAAACGGGAAGUGACUGGACAUGCAUGGAUCUGUUGACGCGGUACUGUCCUGACCCUGUCCCCUCGAUGACGCUCCUUCUUUCAAAGGGUGCUGUGCUGACUCCUCAGUCGAUCUUCCAUGUGGCAGAGCAUCACCCAGACCCCGUCCAAGUGCUCAACCUGAUUCUGCGCCACAACCCCUCCGGGUGCUGCGAUUUGGAUUCCAAGGGCAACAGCGCGAUGCAUAUUGCGGUGACCUGCCAAAAGAAACCGAUUGCUGCGCUGCAGACUUUGCUGAGAGCCGGCGCAGAUAUCAACGCCAAGGGCAACAUGGGACGAUCACCACUGCACGAUGCGAUUGAGCGUCCGGAUCAGCAGGACCAGGAAGAGUUGCUGGACUGGAUGUUAGAUCAUGGGGCAGACCCUUAUCAGACCUUUGAUGAGGGUGGACCGAUGAAUUCUUUGCUCCUUGCAGCUCGGACAGGAAAUGAGACUUGUCUUCGGGUGCUAUGGGACUGGAUCGGGGAUGAGUUGACGAUGAAGGAGAUAGAGAUGGCACGAUCAGAGGCACAAGGAAGGAGAGCACGCGAGUUCUUGAGGAAGCAGAUUCAGCGGCGGAGAGAGAUGAACUCACUAGAGCCCGUGAGGGCACUGAAGGUCCGACGCAAGAAGAGGAAUCAGGCUGCUGCUGCUGCUGCCGCUUCUGCAACAGUAGUGGCGCCUACCAUGGCUGUGUCCCCAUUGCCUUCCACAGCCCCGGCGACGGUCGGAGCUGCCUCUGCCUUGACAUCUGCUGGGGGUAUGUCAACUGCCGUAGGAAGAGUAGUAGGAGACCAUGUGCAUCUUGGAGGUCAUGACGGAGCAGCACCACAGUUGCUGCAGCAGACAGGCGUGAUCCAUGGCAAUACUGGGUUCCUCACGGUGGUGCCCAGCCAUGGCGGAGAUAAUUCUGAGGAUGAAGACGAAGAGGAGGAAGAGGAGGAUUACGAUGAGUUGGUGAUCAUUGGCCACGGCGAGAACGACACUGUUGACGAGGAAGCUGCAAGGAUGCGAUCACUCUAUGAGGAAAUAUCUCAGCUUGUCAUCACAGAAACGAGAUCCAGUCUGUGUUGGAGGGCUGCUCGCGAACAGGUGUUGAUCAAUGUGCGUUAA